AACAUUUUCCAAUCUAAAAAAAACAAAGGAGAACAUUUUCCAUAUAAAAAUGAUUGAUUUGGUGGUAGGCGUUAAGACCGCAGGAGCCAGUUUCUUAUCUUGGAGAAUGUUAAAUACCAUCCAUUUAUUGGUAAAAAACCUCUGAAACCUCACACUAAAAUCCACAUUUAGAGGAAGAGGAAGAGGAAGAGGAAGAGGAGAUCGAUAGGGGUUUUACCUUACUCAAUACCAAUGGAUUUCUUACAAACAUUUGAUAUCCAGAUCGUCAGUGUUGCUGUUGCCCUUUUCGCCAUUGUUGCUGCUGCUGCUUUCUUCUUUUCCUCCAAAAAACCCAAAGGGUGCUUAAAUCCUGAGAACUUCAAGGAAUUCAAGCUUGUGAAGAAAACCCAGAUCAGUCAUAAUGUGGCCAGGUUCAAAUUUGAACUUCCUACACCUACUUCAGUCUUGGGACUUCCUAUUGGACAACAUAUAAGCUGCAGGGGUAAGGAUGGCCAAGGUGACGAGGUUAUUAAACCUUACACCCCAACCACUUUGGACUCUGAUGUUGGAUCUUUCGAGUUAGUCAUCAAGAUGUAUCCGCUAGGAAGGAUGUCACAUCAUUUCCGGGAAAUGCGCGUUGGUGAUUAUCUAGCUGUGAAGGGACCAAAGGGCCGUUUUAAGUAUCAACCUGGCCAAGUGAGAGCCUUUGGUAUGCUUGCUGGUGGCUCUGGCAUUACUCCAAUGUUCCAGGUUACAAGAGCUAUUUUAGAAAACCCAAAGGACGUGACGAAGGUGCAUCUCAUUUAUGCUAAUGUUACAUUUGAGGACAUUCUUGUAAAGGAAGAAUUGGAUGGCCUUGCUUCUAACUAUCCUGAUCGCUUCAAGAUUUACUAUGUGCUGAAUCAGCCUCCUGAGGUAUGGAAUGGCGGUGUCGGGUUUGUAUCCAAGGAAAUGAUUCAAACCCACUGCCCUGCACCAUCAUCUGAUAUUCAGAUCCUGAGGUGUGGCCCACCACCUAUGAACAAGGCGAUGGCUGCUCACCUUGAAGCUCUUGGAUAUGCACCGGAGAUGCAGUUCCAGUUCUGAUAAUCUUGUGGGGUCAUUUUUUCGAAAUUCAGGCAUGUUUAGUAGCCCUUUUCACUGGUUGGGCAUAAUACAGUUUUGUUAUGCUAUGUCAGGCUGUGUCUCUCAAGAGUUUUUAAUGGAACUGUCAUGCAUUGGAUCAACUGUGAACUUUCUUGCUAACCACUGUAAUAAAGGAUUUUCCCUGGAUUUAAACUUACGUUUA